AUGAGCAAAUAUAAAAGUUCCCUAUUAAUCACACUGAUAAGUAGCACACUUGGGUGGAACUUGAACAGAUUAUAUCGGAAAAACGAAUUGAGCUUGUAUGGGGUUAGAAAUGACCAUGAUAUAAUCGUAGUUAGACAAGUAAACAUUUCUGAUAAAAAGGACACGAAAAAUUAUGUUCCUAGUAAAAAUAACAACACCUCUAAUACAAAAGACAUCCAAGAAUCAUCCAUUUUAAAUGAAAACGAGUUACUAAAUGUAGUGCAACAUUUUAAUGACAUUAAUAAAAAACACAAAGGAUUUUGCGAAACUAAUAUUUUUAAAAACUCGACAUUUUCAAACAUAAAUAAUGAACAUAAUAAUGAUGAAAGUUUUAACACAUACUUGAUAAUAGACAAAUGGAAAACAAAAAAUGAAUUUGAAAAGUCCAGAAAGGAAUUCGAAAUAUUGUUUGCACAGAAAAAUAAUAUAUAUAAUAAAAAAAUAGAGGAUCUUUAUUUCAAAUAUGAAAUGUACAAUAACAACUAUGAAACUUCCUCAGCACAAAAUAUUUUCCAAAAAUUGUAUUAUUUUAUUUUUGAUUAA